AGGGAUUCCGCCCGCACCAGAGGCGCUUUGGAUGCACUCGGCGGUUCUUUCUUCGUCCUCCUCCUCCUCCUCGUCUGCUGCUCGAUCUCAAACUCCAGGAGAACAAUUGCGGCAAUGACAGACGCCACUACCCGACAGUCCUUCCCGGUCCCGGACUUGACCAUCGUGGACCUGUCUCGGAACGGCCAGUGCGCCCCGGACGGCGUCGCCAACAACCACCAUCAGCAUGCGAAGAGCCCCAUCCAGCCCGAGGCGCUCACCUCCGGCCAGGAGAUGAAGAUCACCGAGAGCGUGGAGGGAGAAGGCCUCCUAGAAAGCAGCCUGCGUCUGAAGCCUCAUGAGGCUCAGAACUACAGAAAGAAGGCACUCUGGGUCUCAUGGAUCUCCAUCGUGGUCACUCUCAUUCUGGCUGUGACGGCAUUCACUGUAUCCUUCAUGAGGCACAGCGCAUCAGCCUUUGGAUUUGCCUUUGACGCCACCUUGGAUAUUCUGUCAUCAAUCAUUGUCCUCUGGCGCUACAGCAAUGCAGCUGCUGUGUAUUCUGCACACCGGGAGUACCUAGCAUGCGUAGUCCUUGGUGUUUUGUUUGUGCUCUGCUCCUUCUGCAUCCUUGGAAAGGCCAUCCAUAACCUGGUCACCAGGAUGCCCCCGGAAGUGGAUGACUUCCUCUUCAGUGUGUCCAUCUUGAGUGGAUUUGUGUGUACUCUGCUGGCUAUCACCAAGUUCAUGUUGGGAAGAGUGCUGACCAGUCGUGCUCUCAUCACUGACGGGUUCAACUCUCUGGUCGGCGGCAUCAUGGGAUUUUCUAUUCUGAUCAGUGCCCAAGUCUACAAGGACCAUCCUGAUGUUUGGUUCCUGGAUGGCAUCAUCGGCGUUCUCAUUGGGCUCGUCCUCUUGGCAUAUGGGGUCAAACUUUUGAAGGACAUGGUGCCCCGUGUGAGACAAACAAGGAACUACGAGCGAUUCGAGUGAGCUGCCUCAACCCUUCGACCGGCUGCCCCCUGCUGUCGUCUCUCUCACUUUCUUACCCACUUCUAUAGUGCUGUCUUGCACAUGCACAUGGACGCUACGUGCAUACUUACUUGCCAUUACACACACACACACACACGUAUACUGUAUGAUAUGCUGCAUUCAUGCGUUUUCAGAUAUUCAUAUGCUCACACAUGCACAAACAAACACACUCUUUAUAAGGAAAAAAAAAACGACGGUACAUUUAUUCCUGUUUUAAGACUCUUCUUUCGUCCUCAACUUUUUGCUGAAUAAGAAAAUUGAGAGACAGCAACUGAAUAAUUACAGUUACGACCGUUUCUUAAUACGUACACCUCUUAGACAAAAUGUAGCAGCACAACUCUAAUAUUUGUCAAACACAAGCGUGCAUUCAAUAGUCUCAUUUUUAAUACAUUUAUGUCUUACAUCCUGUUUUUUAAGGGUAUUCAGACUUAACUGAUUUGUUGAAGUCAUAUUUAUUUAUUUAUUUAAUUAAUCCGUAUUCAGUCCUGUUUACAAACAGUAAGUGGAUUUUAUUUAAAAGUUUAAAAAAACGAUGUCUCCCCAUCAAUUAAAACUUGCAUUGUUUACUUUAACGAUGCCUGCGUCGAUUCUCAGUCGUGCAGGUCAUGGUAAUCCUCAAAGGUUGGAUAGAGGCACACUUGACUCUUCUUGAUUGUUGAAAAUGUUUCACCUUUCAUCCAAAAGGCCUCUUUAGGUUGAAUGUUUUAGGUAUGGAGUUUCACUAUUUACCGUAUUUUCCGGAGCGCACCGGUAUAUAAGCCGCACCCGCUAAAUUUUAGGGGA